AUGCCCCGGGGUCCGCCUGCCAUAGAGAAGCCCCAGCUUGAAGCCAAGAAGGGGAAGAAGGAAGAGCCGAAGAAGCAGGUGAAGAAGCAUGUGAAGAAGCAGGUGCAGCCAGAGAUCAAGCCAGAAGCAGCACAUGGAGAGUCCAACAAAGACCGAAGGAAACAAGUGCAGAAGCAAACAGAUGAACUAUUUGCCAGCCUUGACAAAGAGUUUCCAGUCAACCAGAUGGGCCCGGAACCAAAACAAGGCCCCAAAACCCCUGCCACACCAACCCUGAUGUCAUCCUCAUCCCGGCCUAUGAUUCGGAACCCACCACCGUUCAAUGCUGUAGUUGCUGGAACAGCAGCAAGCAAUACAGCACCCACAGCAUGCAGGAGUGCUCCGUCACCACCUUUUCCACAACCUGCACCCAUAGCACCAGCACCAGCACCAGCAGCUGCAGGGCAAAGGGAUGAUGAGAAGAGGUGGGACGAGCAGAGGUGGGAUGACAAGAGGUGGGAUGACCAGAGGUGGGAUGACAAGAGGUGGGAUGACAAGAGAUGGGAUGACAAGAGAUGGGACAACAGGAGGUGGAAUGAUCAGACAUGGAAGAGGAGCAGAGUUCAGGAUUGGAGGUGGAAGGAGGAGUUCGAAAGGAAGCAGAAGGAGAUGGAUGAGGUGUUGGCCAAAGCAUUGGCUCGAGAAGACGCUGCAGCAAAGAUGGCUCAGCAAGAAAGGCUGGCAGCAGAAGCCCAUGCCUGCAUGUCCCAGCAAGCAGCUAUGAGAGAAGAAGUUGCAGCACAAAGGGCUCAGCAAGAAAGGCUGGCAGCAGAAGCCCACGCCUGUGUGUCCAAGCAAGCAGCUGUGCAGGCAGCCCGGUGCUUAGCUUGGACCCAGCAAUGCGCUACUGUGUCAAGGGAGCACGAGCAGCAGCAGCAGCAGCAAAGCGAUGCACCAAAGAUGCAGCAGCAGAGCAAGUCAGCACCAAAAAGCGCAGGCAACUGGAAACAUAAGAAUAAGCCGCAGCCCAAAAACUGCCAUACCAACCCGGGACAGAAUAUGCGAGAUGGCCGCAGAUUCAAGGAGAUCAUGCAGAAAAACGAAAGCCUGAAGGCGGCUUGCAAGGAAGCUGAGGGCAGAGCAGCUGAGGCCGAAGCAAAAAACAAGGAGCUCCAGGAAAGAGUCGCGAAGACAGCGGAGUUGAUGAAGAAGGAAUGCAAGAGUGGCAAGGACACACUUGAGAAGCUGAUGAAACAACACGAGGAAUGCAAGAAGGAACUGAAGGAAAGGAUUCAAAAGCUGGAAGCCAGGAAAAAGGACCUCAAGGAGAGGAUCUCAGCCCUAGAAGCCCAAAAUGCCAAGAUGAAAGAAGCAUUGACAAAUGAGCAGAAAGAGGCUGAAGAACAAAAGGCUGUGAAGGAGAAGGUGCACAGAAAUGAGGAUGAGCAGAAAAAGGCCGCGAAACGACAGAAGACAGAAGGGCCGGCUAAAAAAUGA